AUGCUAACAGGGACUUGUGAACAUGAGAUAGCUAAGUUAAAGAAGGAGUUGAUGAAUGGGUUUGAGAUGACCGAGCUUGGAAAUAUGGUUUAUUUUCUAGGGAUGGAGAUUAUGUACUCUAAGAAAGGCAUAAUUUUACAUCAGCUGAAAUAUGAACUUGAGCUUUUGAAGAAAUUUAAGCUGCUGAAUUGUAAAGUUGUUGUCACACCUGCUGAUACAAAUCAGAAAUUAGAUUCUGAUUCUGAUGGUGAUGAUGUAUAUGAGACAAUGUUCAAGCAGUUGGUAGGGUCUCUGAGGUAUUUGUGUAAUAUCAUACCUGAUAUUUGUUAUGCAGUUGGAAUAGUGAGUAGGUUUAUGAGUAAACCGAAAUGGUCUCAUUACCAAACUGCUGUCAGAAUUCUGAGGUAUAUAAAAGGAACACUGAAGUAUGGAGUUUUGUUCCCUUUUGGUGCUGAAACUAACUCAGAACUUCUGAGUUACUCAGAUUCUGACUGGUGUGGAGACAGAGUUGACAUAAGAAGUACUUAUGGAUACUUGUUUAAGUUUCUGGGAAGUCCUAUUUCUUGGUGUUCCAAGAAGCAACCAGUUGUUGCUUUAUAA